AUGGACCCCGUGGAAGCCGAGAGGUUACGCACAGUGCGCAACAUUGGUAUUGCGGCGCACAUUGAUUCUGGAAAAACCACUUGCACAGAGCGUGUCCUCUAUUACACGGGUCGUAUCAAAGCCAUCCAUGAAGUCCGCGGUAAAGACGCCGUCGGCGCAAAGAUGGACUCGAUGGAUCUUGAGCGUGAGAAGGGAAUUACCAUUCAGUCUGCAGCGACCUUCUGUGACUGGGUCAAGAAGGAGGACGGCGUUGACCAGAAGUACCACAUCAAUCUUAUCGACACACCAGGACAUAUUGAUUUCACGAUCGAGGUGGAGAGAGCUCUCCGAGUGCUGGAUGGUGCUGUCAUGAUCUUGUGUGCUGUCAGCGGUGUACAGUCGCAGACCAUCACCGUCGAUAGACAGAUGAAACGUUACGAUGUUCCGAGAGUGUGCUUUGUGAACAAGAUGGAUCGCAUGGGUGCGAAUCCGUGGAAGGCAAUUGAGCAGAUCAACCACAAGUUGAAGCUACCGGCGGCAGCUAUUCAGGUCCCGAUCGGCGGUGAGGACUCGUUCCAGGGUGUGGUUGAUUUGAUCAAGAUGAGAGCUCUGUACUUCGAGGGGCCGAAAGGUAUCAACGUCGUCGAAAAAGACAUCCCGGCAGACCUCCAGGCUCUCUGUGAGGAGAAACGCGGCGUCCUCAUUGCCGCCCUUGCCGAUGUUGAUGACGAGAUCGCUGAGCUAUGGCUCGAGGAACAGACCCCCUCUAUUGACCAGCUCAAGGCUGCUAUCCGUCGCCAGACCAUCGCACGUAAAUUUGCACCAGUGUGCAUGGGCUCUGCCCUCGCGGAUAAGGGUGUUCAGCCCAUGCUUGAUGCCGUAGUAGACUAUCUACCUAACCCGGCUGAAGUACCAAAUCUUGCUCUCGAUAGGCGCAGGGCUGAGGCACCAGUGUCAUUGAUCCCGUACAACAGCAUGCCGUUUGUAGGAUUGGCGUUCAAGCUCGAAGAGGGCAACUUUGGACAGUUGACCUACAUCAGGGUGUACCAGGGUAUGCUCAAGAAGGGUAUGUAUGUGUUUAAUGCGAAGACGCAGAAGAAGAUCAAGGUUCCCAGAAUCGUGAGAAUGCACUCGAAUGAGAUGGAGGAGGUUUCGGAGAUUGGUGCUGGUGAAAUCUGUGCCGUGUUUGGUGUAGAUUGUGCGUCUGGAGACACUUUCACAGAUGGUGGAUUGCCGUACACUAUGACUUCCAUGUUUGUUCCCGAACCCGUCAUUUCCCUUUCCAUCACUCCCAAGAACUCCAAAGAAACUGCAAACUUCUCCAAGGCCAUCAAUCGCUUCCAGCGUGAGGAUCCUACUUUCCGCUGCCACGUCGACCCUGAAUCACAGCAGACCAUCAUCUCAGGAAUGGGAGAGCUGCAUCUAGAUAUCUACGUCGAGCGUAUGCGUCGUGAAUACAACGUCGACUGUAUCACUGGUAAGCCUGAGGUUGCGUACAGAGAAACCAUUACUGAGCGUAUCGAUUUCGACCACACCCUCAAGAAGCAGACUGGUGGUGCCGGUGAUUACGCCAGAGUUAUGGGAUUCAUGGAGCCUACUGGAGAUCUCGCCUUCAACAAGUUCGAGCAGGAGGUUAUUGGUGGAACUAUUUCUGAGAAGUUCUUGUUUGCGUGUGAGAAGGGUUUCAUGCGCUCUUGCGAGAAAGGUCCUCUUGUAGGCCACAGAGUCCUUGGUACACACAUGGUUGUUAACGAUGGUGCCACUCACAUGACGGAUUCUUCCGAAAUGUCCUUCAAAAUGGCCACUGAGCAAGCCUUCCGCAAGGCUUUCAAGGAAGCUAAGCCAGUCAUCCUUGAGCCCGUCAUGAAGGUUUCCAUUUCUUCACCCAAUGAGUUCCAGGGUAACAUCGUCGGUCUGAUGAACAAGCGUAACGCUGUCAUUGAGGACUCUGAGAUCGGUGUGGAGGACUUCACACUUACCGCCAUGUGCUCGCUGAAUGCCAUGUUUGGCUUCUCAAGUAUGUUGAGAGCUGGUACCCAGGGCAAGGGUGAAUUCAGCAUGGAGUUCUCGCACUACGCAGCCGCGCCACCUCAUAUGCAGAAGGAGCUCAUUGCAGAGUAUGAGAAGGAGAGGCUGAAGAAGCACCAAAAGUAG